AUGAAAUACUAUCAAGAUGGAAUUUUGCAAAAUCAUAUCAGAAAAAAAGAUGUCACUGCACAUCUUUUCAAAUAUACAACUCAAUUAAUGGUCGAUAAUGAUUUUAAAAUUCACAAUAUUCUACCAGUACAGAUUAUAUUUUGUUUAAAAGAAAAAAAUGCAAAAAAACUAAAUUCUCAUCGAUGGUCUUUCAAUGUCUUUGCUACUUGUUUGAACCCAAAUAUUUGUAUUUUACUUGAUGUGGUCACAAAACCUUCAAAAACCUCAAUAUACCAUUUGUGGAAAGCUUUUAAUCGUGAUUCUUAUGUUGGUGGUGCUUGUGGAGAGAUCAAAGUUGACCUUGGUCAUAAAUGUAGAAACCUACUUAAUACUUUAGUCACAUCUCAAAACUUUGAAUAUAAAAUGUCUAAUAUCUUAGAUAAGCCUUCAGAAUCUGUUUUUAGUUACAUCUCAGUAUUACCAGGCACUUUCUCUGUAUACCGAUAUGAAGCAUUGAUGAAUGGACCUUUGGAAGCAUACUUUAAAGGUGAUGUUUCUGGUGCUUCUAAGACUAAUAUUGUUGAAGCAAACAUGUAUCUGGCAGAAGAUCGUAUUUUAAGCUUUGAGCUUGUCACUAAAAAACAUGAAAAAUGGAUAUUAAAAUACAUUAAGUCAACUAAAGCAGAAACUGAUGUUCUAGACAACGUUCCAGAAUUUAUUUCCCAACGUCAUCAAUG